CCUUCUGACGUUAGGAGGCUGUACAUACUCCCUCACUACAGUCGACCGUUUCACCCGCUGGCUAGAAGCCAUCCCCAUCCCAGACAUCACAGCCGACACAGUGGCACAAGCCCUACUAACCAGCUGGAUAUGCUGCUUUGGUUGCCCGGAGACCAUCACCACUGACCAGGGACGUCAGUUUGAAUCUCAACUCUUCCAUUCCCUGGCCAAGCUCUGUGGCAUUCAACUCUUGCGGACAACUUAAUAUAUGGAGCCAGCAAUCAGCGUCUUGCAAUGUAGCCAGGUGUUACUGCCAGUAGACUGCUGGGACAGGUUGAACCAUGGGACUACGAGAAAUUGUUACAUGGUAUCAGAAAAAAAUUGGUACCUAUGAUAAGCAGCAGUGGGAAAAAACUAUCGAGCAGCGGAUCCUUCAUGGUCUCACCCAUGUUCCCAAGAAAACAGCUAAGCUGAAGACAGAACUUAUAGAUGUGGACCUGGUUAGAGGUUCAUCAUUUCCCAAGGCCAAGCCAAAACAUGGCCUUUUGACAGUUACUAGGUUAGCAGCAUUGCGACUCUUCUUGCUGCCUGCUUACAGUCGGUGGUGGAUCCAGCAGACAUCAUCCAGAGUGUUCUGCCUUCUGCUCCUCUUAUAUAUAUUACAGCUAUUCAAUAUGGCACUUUACUGUUUCUGCUGCACCAAUUAUACUGAAGAAGAUUCAGCUGAGCAACAUGUGUCUGCUUCAGAGGUGUUGGUUCCAGGAGCUAUGAUGUUGGUUCUGAGCUUGAUCCAUUCCCAGAUUAUUUCAACACACACUGGACCAACAACGGACCCUGCUGGCGGAAAGUCUCGACGAGUGAAACGCACUAAACGGCGCCUUCUCUUCCCAUCUCGCUCACGUACAGUAUGCUCUGACUCGAAAUCAUCUCCUGAUACUGGCUCAGAUAAGGCUGGUUCUGUGGGAGAGCUAGGUGGAAGUAAAUUUAGUAAGCGAAUGCAGUUAAGGAGGUCCUCGGCAGAGAUUAUACGUAGGCGAGUUGUUGCUUGGGAUAUUUCUGGGAAAGGAAAACAUGAGAGUCAUCAUCGCCAAGAACUUGAGAAAGACAAAUGUUCCAAGUUAGGAGAACAGAAUCAGGCAACAAGAGGUGUCUCAGCCAGCACUGGUACAGUGUUCUCGAGGCAGCAAGUCAGAUUACAGGUGGUGCCACCGGAUAGAGAGGCACGAGCGCAGCGUGAGGCCACACCCCUUGAUGACGAUGGAUUUGAGAGUCUGAAUGGAAAUGGUUCCAGUGAGAAUGGUGACGAAGCAGCAGAGGAUACCGAGGAAGCAGGACAAAUGCAGAGUGAGAUUUCCGAGGACCUCAGUACACAGACCAGAUCUUCCUUGAACUGGAAGUCAUCUGUCCAAGACGUUGCCAGCUUUUCUAUCACAGACAAGACUCAGAAUGAAAGAAAUCGCUCAGCUUUAAACUACAGCGGUCAGAGGUCUGAAGGAUCCCUGAAAGAUGCAAAACUCCCAACUUCAGAUAUUGCAGUACCAAUGGUACAGAUCACUCAGCACAAAGAUAUGUUAAUGUCAUUUGAUGAACAGCAGUCAACUAUAGAAAGGGAUGCAAAUUGCGAGUGUCUCGUGAAUAAUACUUGUAUUGAUGAAGUAGCCAGACUAUUGGAACUUCUAGAAUCUAUUGAAACUAAGUGUGAAGUACCAGAGGAUACCUGUAAUAACAAUACUCAAAAUUUGGUGGUUAAUUCAUCUGGAAAGUGUGAUAGUGGCAGCAUCCAAGGGAAGACUGUAAUUAAAGAAAAGGAACAUGCGAGAUUGAGUGAGUCGUCAACAGAAGAACAGCCUGCCAAAUUCAGACAUUUUUGGAUGCAAGACACCACAUCAUGCAGGAGCCCUAGUUCAGAUACUAAUCAUGCAGACUCUGAUACUGACAUCACAGACACUGAAAUUAGAGGCAAAUCACCUCAGAAGGAACGACUUCUCACACGCCGAACUGUAUCUCAGACUUUGCAACUGUCAUGUGGACAGCAGCAGAGAGGAAGACUAGCGGAGAGUAGCUACAAUAGCAGCUGUGAGAGUGAAGAAGGUGAAACACUUUCAUCACCUGGUACAGGAGGCAGUUGUCCUCUUCUCACAGAGGGCACUACCUCAGCUGGUGAGUGGAUUGGCAUCACAACCAACAGUGAGGAUUGCAGCUACAGCUCAGAACUAGAAGAGUCAGACAGCCAGCAUGAGUGUAAUGUUCGGGACAACAUUGAGCUCAAUGAUCAUCCUUUUGCCUGGGAAUUUGAGCUGUCGCCUACCGUAAUCCUGAGCCCCAGCUGUGCUGCUUCUGACAGAGUGAGCUGCACUAUGUGGGAGAGUAGUGAUGUAAAGAAGGCUGACCUGUCAGUAUUAGACAUCAGUUCUGCCAUCAUAGGGCGAGUAGAGUCCAUGCCAGAAAAUAUGGACUACUUCUAUGUGGGAGUAUUGAUGGCAAUAAUUCUUGCGUUGCUGCCCUCUUUGUGUCGACUGAGUGAUGUGGCCCAUGAAGUUCCCUCAAGCACAGAUUCUGCACCUCCUGCUGCUGUUUCAGUAACAGUGGUGGAAAUGACUGGCUCACUACUGUCAAGCCUUUCAGGUUCACUUAUGGUACUGAUGAAUGCUGCACUGGGAGACACUUUGUGGGCGCGUACAUUGAUACUGAUUGCCCUGUUUGAGCGCUGCAUGCUGUCAACACUGUUCUUCUUCCUGCUAGCUGUAGCAGAACGGACAUUCAAGCAACGUUUUUUAUAUGCAAAACUGUUCUCACACCUUACCUCAUUUCGUCGUGCACGCAAGUCUGAGCUACCACACUUCCGCCUCAAUAAAGUGCGGAACAUCAAGACGUGGCUGUCAGUACGCUCCUAUCUCAAGAAGCGUGGACCGCAACGAUCAGUGGAUGUGAUUGUGUCUGCAGCCUUCCUGAUCACGCUAUUACUGCUGUCAUUUCUCAGCGUGGAAUGCCUCAAGGACUCUGUGCGGCUUCAUUCAGAAUAUAACUUGGAAGCCCUGGUGUGGUGUUUGGUGUUAGGUGUGUUUUUACUGCGCUUCAUGACAUUGGGCACUAAGAUCAAUCGCAAAUAUCGCAACCUCUCAGUUCUUAUAACAGAACAGAUCAACUUAUAUCUUCAAAUUGAACAGAAACCUAACAAGAAGGAAGAGCUCAUGGUGGCAAACAGUGUUCUAAAAUUGGCUGCAGAUCUGCUUAAGGAACUGGAGAGCCCAUUCAAGAUUUCUGGCUUGUCAGCUAAUCCAUACUUAUACACUAUCACAAAGGUAGUGAUUCUGUCUGCUCUAUCAGGAGUUCUGUCAGAAAUGCUGGGUUUCAAGCUUAAAUUACACAAGAUCAAGAUAAAAUAAAUGAUAAGUGUGUGUGUGUGUGUGUGUAUGCACAAAGUGAAAAGUGUGAGAUUAUGCAGGGUCAUGCGGUAAUUAUCCUUGACUUGCUAUACAGGCACAAUAUAUUUUUACACACACUAUUUGAGAAAAAGCUGUGUACAUUUUUUUUUUUUUGGUGUGUAUAGAAGACAGAUGGAGUUAUUAGUGAUUUUGCUGGACUGCUUGUCACCGUGUGACAAAAUUAUAUUUGAAUUGUGUUCUGACAUGUUAGAAGGAGAUUCGUGUAAUAGCUAGUCACAAAUCUAGGAGCCAUAACUAACAAGUUCAGAUAGGAUACGUUAAUAAAAUUGAAACUCUUGUAGAAAGUAGUUGAGAAAUAUUUUACUGGUCUCUGUGCAACAGUUUUAAUUCAUCCAUUCAUUCAAGGGAAAUUUUAGUUCAGAAUUUGCCCAUAGGCAAAUUUAUUAAGAAAUCAAUCAUGUAUUUUCAUACAGAGUUUUGAACUGUUCUGAUGUGCAUUAGCUGUCAUGUUUUUCUUGUACAUGAUUCAGAAUGCACACACAUAAAAAUGUGGUCAGAUGUUUUAAUUUUGGGUAACUUAGAAAUAUGAUCUUCAAUAUAAGUAAUUGUGCUUUUGUGCAAGCAGAUUAUGAAAGUGAUUCAUACUGUCUGAAACCUGUUUGGCUGUUUGCAAGAAUACUUUAAACUGUUCUAGACAGAACAUUAGUCUGGAUGGCUCUUUUGAAUACUGAGGUUCAUAAUAUAUAACAGAACAUUGUGGAGAAGCUUUAUCAGUUUCAACAAAAUACCUUAUACAUAAAAUCAGUAGUGUAGGAAAGUUUCUAGGGGCCAGGGCAUAGGUUAAGAGUUUGGGCCCUCCUGCUUGAUUGUAUCUUAGGCUGUCAUCACAGAAGCCUUCACACAUCUGUUACCAAUAAUUUAUGUUGCAGGAACCUGUUUUUACUACAUUUAUUUUGUGAAAGUCACAACUAUUUGGCAAUGCAAAGGUCUUUAAUUAAUAUUGUUACAUACAUUAAGGAAUUGCAGCUAGAGGUAACAAAGCUAAGUAGACAUUGGUACUGAAAAAUUGGUAGAUAUGAAAGAGAAGUGAAUAAUAUUUGCAGUCAUGCUAGGGAAACCUGAAAGCAAAAUUCCCCCUCCUGAGGCUCAGAGUCCAGGCACAGCAAUCUUCCCCUGCAGUACACUGUUUAUGGCCUGUAUACAAUCUUUCAUACCCUAUUACCUGUUUCCUUCUGUCUCUGAUCUACUUCCAAGGUUGCCAUAACUUGUUUUAUAGAGUGGAAGGAAAAUAUGGUAUGUUUCUAUAGGCCAGUGAUUCUCAAACUGUAUUUCAUUGAAGUCUAUGGUUUUAAGGUUCUGUACAAAAUGAUUUUUCAUUAAUUGUGAACAUAUAAAUAUGCAUUUUUAAUGUAUUAAUUGAAAAGGUAAAAUGCAUUGUGUGUAUUCAUGGAUUGUAUAAAGUCUGUGUUUAGAAGAUCUCUUGCUUGGAAACUGUCAUAAAUUGACAGGGUAUCAUGAUGUUGCUUAUAUUUCAUUGCAUAAGUCACAUACCUCCAUAUUUUGUCAUGAAAUGUGAAAUUAAGGGAAGCAUCUUACAUGUAGAAUGCAAUACUGAUGACAAAUUUAUUGGAAGAGUGAUAGUGUGAUACUGUAUGAUUUAGCAAUAGUCUAGCCUACAGGUGACAUCUAGAGACCAGUAAUACUACUUUUAAUAACUCACAGAUGAAGAAUGUUAAUAAAAAUUAUAAUCACAUUUCUUAAGGCAGUUUCUUGGAACAGGCUACUUGAAGUGGGUGGGGGGAUGGAAAUGGGUUAACUUUAUGAAGAACUGCACGCUCAGGAAAACCGAAGGUCUCUGUACUGAAAUAAUCUGAUGAACUUCAGACAUUCUCUUGACCUUCAGUGAUGCACAUUAUUUUUAUGAAGUUGUGAUCUGAAAAUGACUUACUAUGAAUAAUAAAACUGCAUUUUCUAAUCACAUGAAUGUUUCCAGAAGUUUUCCUGCAAUAUUUGUCUGUUUUCAGGUAAUAAAAUUACACUUUAACUGUCGCUGAAUGUAAUAAUACCAUAUUGAUUCAGUUAUAAUUCUCUGCCUCUCUAUAAGCUGCAUUUUGACUGAUUGUUAGACAUUCCCUUGACAGCUGUUCAGGCACUCAAGGACUCUUGUAUUAAAAUAACACUUGUGUGAAUUUAAACAUGAGAACAGUUACUUUCAUUCUAAUAAAUUACUUUCUGUAACUUUGCCAUACUGAUCUCAAAAAUGCAAUCCAUUUAUACCAUCACAUAAGGAUUUCUUUUACAAAUUAGGAGAAAUGAAAAGUUUAUUUUCUGUUGCCAUGUAACUCACUUAUUUAUCAUGUUCCAAUAAACAGAUUUAUUC